UAAAAAUACAUGCAUAACAAAACCAACAAAGGACCUGCAACAUUCUGAAUGAAGUAGCAAACCGAAAGUAAGAAAUCAUGGAUAACGGCAGGGGGAGGUCGGAGGUGUAUCUCGUAUACUCGGAGGAGUCGCCAGAAGAGAGACGGUUUGCUGAAGGGGCAUUGAGAGCGAGGCUAGAGGGUCGAGGACUAACGGUGCGGUCAGAGGCCGAUUUUUUGGCGGGAACCAAUCUUGUUCGUGGCAGGAGCGGCGCUGUCCAGGAUUGCUCCAAAGCGCUAAUUCUUUUGACGGAGAACUCCAACAACAGUUCUUGGUGCACCUUGGAACUACUUCUAGCGCUGGAGAAGUCCUACAGACUCAACAACGUGUCUCUCGUGGUUCUGAAGAUUAGCGCGUCUCGGGAAUGGAAGUUUCAGUUGGCUUUGGAGAUGUUAAAUGUAGUUCCCAGGGUAGACCUCAGCAGUUUUACCGAACUGAGCGAGGAUGAAGGGAAGUUGGACGAAUUGGUGAGGAAGCUUCAAGAUACCAGUCGAAUGGAGGACAUACAGCCCGCUGGAAACAUUGCGCAUGCCCAGGUCUGGUCCCAUUACACGGGGCUAUUAUCUUAUUUACUUCCAGAAAUCGAGAGGCUGAUUAAAGAAACAGAAUAUUACAAGUUAGACCCAAGCCGGUUUCCGUUAAAGCUGUACGAACUUGUCCCCGAAAGAUGUAACUGUCCCAGAAUCAUUGAAGACAUUCCGAAAAACGAGCUAGGGAAGCGCAUUAGGUUGAUGCCAUGGAAAACUUCAAAGAUUGAAUAUUUUCGGGCAGGAAACAAGAGGGAGGUGGAAAUGUCCAUUUAUGAAAUCAAAGACACCGAUGGAUCGGUCUACUACUGCCUGAUGGAAAUCCCCGCAGUCUUGUCUGGGAUCCAAACAAUGAUUGAGAGUAAAACCACGGAAAAACUGAGAGAAAUCGAUUUACAACUGCACAUAAAGCGAUUUUAUUACACGCUGGGAGGACUGUUGGAUGACAGAAGUUUUCCACAGACAUAUGACAGAGCCCGGGUCAUCACGUAUGAUGAACAACAAAGUGGAUUUGUUCUAGCAGAUGUGGUAUUGAAUGAAGUGAAAAAGGAUUUAUGUUCACCAAAUGAGAAAAAGGUUCCACCACAACAUUUUCAGCAUGCUGAAUGUGAAUUCGAUGCUUUUGUAUUCAUUCACGAAGGUGAUGAAAACACAAGCGAUGAAAUCACGCAUUUUCUCGAGGGAAAAGGCGUAAAACUGAUGAGGAAUGAUAGAAUAGGACAAAGCAUAUUAAACAUCAGUGACGUCAUCAAACGUUGUCGUUGGAUAAUCCCCAUCCUAAGCAAAACGUCCCUAAAAGACCCUGUGUUUGCACACUGCUGUUUAAUGCUGGUUGGGGAUAUCUUGGAGAAGAAAGAGCUUCGUAUGAUACCAGUACUAACAGGUGGCGCUGCAUACGAAGAUGUUCCGGAAGUUAUUCGAAUGGUGACACUGACUGUUGCAGACAAUCCAGAAUAUCUGAAUCGGCUCCACCAAACAAUUAAAGGUAACACCAUACCGUUUGAGACAGAGUCGCUACUUCCGGCUGGUGACGUGGUGUAUGUGCUCGCCUGGAACUAUGCAGUCAACUAUCUGGAGAAAGUCAUGCCAGGACUGGAGCAUGCUAUUGCGGAAACCUUACAGAAACACAACAAGCGUCCAACAUCUUGUCGGAAAAAGCUAUACCUUAUUGUUCCGAAAUCAUGCGAGUGCAACCAGACUCUGACUGUAAAAGAGCCACGCAUUCAGUUGUUGGACACCACGCCCCCCGCUUAUGUUGACAAAAGUGGUCGUAAAUAUACCUUCGAUAUGUACCAAUUUGAGAAUAAUGGCAGAGAGCACUAUUUCGUCGGUCUGUACCCUGCCGCUGUGGCGUGCAUCCAUGACAUGUAUAAAACAAAGAGGGCGGGCGUUAACGAGGAUACCAUGGUCAGCCAGGCCCGGAAGUUCUGUGAGGAGAUUGCAAACAUCUUGAACCACAAAGUGUCAGCAAAUUUUACCAACCUAUGCGAGGUUGUUUUCUACGAUGAUCGAGAAAUGUCAUUGAUUACCGAAAUGACCAAACGUAUUGAAAGUUUGUGAAUUCAGACUGGUGUUUUUCUCAACAUGACCGACUGCAUUGGUCAUUGCUGACAAAUAUUUUUGAUUCUAUUCAUAGCAAUGCUUAUCGUAAUUGUGAUUACGAAACAUACCGGUGUUUCUGAACUUAUGAAACUGUCCCAUUUGAAUAUAUUUUUUAUUUCAUCGCCAUUAAUACAUAAACAAAUGUACACAAGAUAAGCUUGUACGGGUAUAUACAAAUAUGUUCUGGUCAACCGGAAACGUCAACUUUGUGUAUGUAUUUGUGUUUGGUUACAAUGUGCUUAUCAUAUGUCAAUAAUAAAAAACAUAUAAAAAAGAAUCUGAUUAAAAUCAGAUCCUUAAUCCACUUCUUAUAUUUCGAUCUAAAGAAACAUAGCUUGAGGAUACUUCCUGGUGAACUUUGUUUUGAUUAAUCAUAUUGUCUGUUCCAUUCCUCGGUUUCGUGUUUCUUAAGUUAUGCCAGUUCGAUCAUUGGAUUCCAUUAGGUCGUCUAAGGUCAACCAAUGCUCCGUCUUUAACUUGCUGAUACCGGAAGGUUGAGGAACAUGUGCCGAUGUUUCGUCAUACGACUCCAUUUUUUCUUUGAAAUCCAAACAUACCAUCUAAUACUUGUUCUGAUUGGCUAAAAUAACACAUGAACAUUUUCAUAAAUCAAAGUUUACCAGGAGGUCACUUCAAGCGCGGGGUUUCUCCAGAUCCUCGUGUAGCGACAGUAGAAAAAAAGGAGCCAAUCAAUGAUCUGACUCUAUGCAGAUUGAAUAAAACAAUAUCUUGCAUGUACACAAAGAGCUGAACAACAUUUGCAACUUACUUUGGAAUCAUUCAAAUCCAUGGGGGUCAGUUUUUGAGGAUUGUAAGUUUUGUGCUAAUUCGUGGGGAUGUCAUUUCGUUGAUACGUAGGUUUUCAGUUUCAUUUCGAAAACUAUCACUUUCCAAAUUUGUUUUGUGGAGAAUGUAAAUUUCUGAGAAAGGGCUAU